CAUAGUAGCUUUCAGCUAGGUUAGUUUAAACACGACCUGCAGAGUUAAAGUAAACCAUACUGUCGACGAAGUAAACAAAACAAGAAUAGAUUCCGGUGCAAUUGGUAAUACUUCCGGUAUUUUCUGUAUCGGUACGAAGGGACGUAUUCCACAAGUAAAACAGAACGAUUCUCUGAUCUUCCACUUAUGAAGCUCUGAGAUGGCAGAGCCAAGAAGUCAGGUCUCAGCUUCUGUACCCCAGAACCCUCUGGGCUUUUCUGCAUCAGAGGCAACUGUAGAGAUGGACCCGGUGGAAUAUACACUCCGUAAGCGGCUACCAAGAAAGCUGCCAAAGAGGCGUAAUGAUGUCUACAUCAACAUGAAGACUGAUUUCAAGGCCCAGCUGGCCAGGUGUCAGAAAUUGCUAGAUGGCAGUGCAGGUCACAGGGAGAUCUGCAUUCAUGGUCUGGGACUGGCUAUUAACCGAGCAAUUAACAUUGCCUUGCAGCUCCAGGCUUUUAGCCAGGGGGCGUUGCAGCUGGCUGCUAACACCUCCACCGUGGAGCUGAUAGAUGAUCUGGAGCCAGAGGAUCCAGACGAAGCCGGGGAGCAUCUGACACGUACAAGGAACAACUCAGCCAUCCACAUCAAAGUGUUCUACCCCAGUGUCUAGAGACAGCAAUCACAGUGGUCUCAUUCCAAAAUAAAAAGAAGACCCUACUACCAUCUUUCCACAUGACAAAUCUAUGAAUGGGGACUAGAUGAUGACUACCUUUAUUUGUAACUGGGCUACUGAGUAUGGAUUUUAAUAAAUGGAAGUGGCUGGAUUCUGUCAUAAUCGGAAUGGCAUAGACUAGGUUUGAUUGGGAAUGACCUUGAGUGAAUGUGCCUGCGUGUCCCUUUGUCUCCUCCUGUCAUGGAACUGGAUGGAUGAAAGUACAGAUCAUUAGUGCUCUGGGAAGAUAAGCAGUCAUCUUUAUUUAUGAAACCACCCCUGAAAGCCCUCUAGAGUAUAUAAAGUUUAGGUUUUCAUAAAAUACAAGUUAGGCCUAAAAAGAUAAUGUUUUAAUGGUGUGCUGAUUUAGAGUAAAAAUAUUGUUUUCUGUGCCAGUAUGUGUUGUAAUUCCCCAAGGAUAAAUCAGUGUUAUCUAAGAAAUACCCUUCCCCCCCCCCCUAAUCCUGUUAAGCAACACGAACACCUUAAUGUAUUGAACCCUUUGUUGUGUUGUAUAUUUGUGAAAAUAAACACCAUUACAUGCAUUCUAAAA